AUGAAAUUUUUUAUAUUAGUUUUUUUUCUUUUUAAUUUUUUCUACUUUUUGGAUGUUAAAUGCAACAAAAACAUAUCUUUAUUAAAUGAUCCCUUAACCCCUUUAAAUAAAUUUGAUAAAUAUUAUUUACGCUUAUUCAAAAGAGUAGAAAGAUUACAAAAUGUGAAAAAUUCUUUAAAUGGUUUAUAUAUGAAAAACAGAGUUGUUGUUAUUUAUUUCUUUGCAAAAUGGUGUCCUGCUUGUGUGGUGCAAAGUAAAGAAAUGGAUAAGUUGGAGAAACUUUUCGGGAAACAAAUAAGUUUGUAUAGAAUUAAUUUGAAUGAAAACGAAAGCUUAGCAAAAAAAUAUAUGGUGAAAUCUUUACCAACAAUUAUUAUAAUGAAAAAUAAUGCUGUACUGGAAAGAAAAGAUCAUUAUACUACAAGUGGUGAUUUAAUUAAUUUGAUUAAAAAGCAUUUAUAA